AAUUCUUGAUGAAUAUCCCGAUGAGUUACAGAUUUUUCGUGAGAUUCUUCAGAAUUCCGAUGAUGCAAAAAGUCGGCAGCAAAUAUUCAUCCUUGAUCGUAAUAGCUAUCCUACUCAAACUCUAUUUGAGCCUGAUUAUGAAGGACCGAAUAGAACGAAUCUGAAAUUGAAUCGGUAUCAAGGUCCGGCUUUAAUAUCUAGAAGCGAUGCAAUUUUUGAAGCACGGGAUUUUAAGACACUAUUUAAAUUAGUCGAUAGCGAGAAAAAUGAUCAAUUCGAUAGGAUCGGAGUGAAGGGCAUUGAUUUUAAUUCAGUAUAUCAUAUUACCGAUUCUCCAUCGCUUAUUAUCAGCGAUUGUUAUGUAAUUUUUGAUCCACAUGAAUGGUAUUAUGAUGGUGGUAUCAAAUGCAACUUUAUUGAAAAGGCCGUAGAUUAUCCCGAUCAAUUUGCUCCAUUCAGAAUCCCUUGUGACCGUAAAUUUGAAGGAACCUUGUUUCGAUACCCACUACGAACUUCUGAAGAUUCUAUUGACUCGAUAAUUUCAAAGAAAGUGUAUAGGCCCGAGGAUAUUUUAGAGAUGUUCGAAAAAUUUUAUCAAAAUGAAGGAAUUAAUUGCUUACUUUUCUUAAAAUAUGUCGAAGUCAUUAAAUUUUAUGAAUUAAGUGAGGGGGAAACUGAGCCAAAUUUACUUUACGAGAUUAACAUUGAAAAUGCGUGUGAAAUUAGGCCGAGGCGUCGGCUGAUGGCGAGAAAUAUAUUAUCGAUGAUGGAAUUGUUAGAGAAAAAUCCAAAUAAGAUCACCACGUUAGAAUCAGCAUUUACCGUGACAUUUUACCAGAAGAAAGGUCAAGCUGUACCAGAAAGAAAUCAAUAUCUAAUCUUUAAUUGGCUUGGAAAUUUAAAUACGGUGUAUAAAUAUUUUCAAGAGAAUUUCAAAAAGGAUAUUAGAGAAUGCAAUUUCGUACCAAACGUCGGCCUUGCUAUACGACUUGGCGAUCAAAAAUCAAACGGGAGGCUUUUCCGUUUUUUGCCACUUCCAAUAUCUACGCCGUUCCAAGCCUCGAUACAUGGAUAUUUUGCGGUCAAUGCGAACAGAACACUUUGGUCUCUGGCGGACAAUGAAUAUUUAGCUGCUGAUUCGCUUGCAAGGCUUAAUGUGUCUUGGAAUAAAUAUCUUUUCGAUAAGGUUCUUCCGGAAGCGUGGGCAAGGUUUUUAGUUAUACUUCAAGACGAAUAUUCAAACAUCCAAUCAACCGAAUUAGAUAAUUUUUGGCCA